GAUGAGGGGGGUUAGGGGGAUAAGGUAAUUGAGUAUGAGGAUGAGGAUGAGGGUGGUCGAAGUCGCAAGCAACGAAAGACUAAGUGGUCGAUUAAAAGAAUUGAAGGUUAUAAGGAGACAUGGCGGCCAUGCCAAUACAAGCAAUACAAGAAAAAGCUAGGGAGGUUUGUAAGGGAUAAUUAUCGGAGUGCGCUGAAGACAACAGAUAUGAUUAAGUGUGACGAGAACUACGCGUCUUUACAAAGUUGUGCUUCUGUCGCACGUCCUAGGGGGUGGGUUGACGAUAAUUAUGUUAGGUUGGCAGCAAUUUUAUACACGAAAGUGUGGGAGAAACGUUUUCCAGGGAGGAGUAGGAGGUUUAUGAUUGACCCGACAUUUGCGAUACGAGUACUCCAGGAUGGUAUAAGAGAUGUAGAGAAACUUGUAUCGUCUUAUGCGAAGCAAAUGGUUGGAACUUCUUGGAAAAGGAUAGUACACGUAUUUGUUCCGGUUCUUGAGAAUAAGCAUUGGUGGUGCACGGCUUACUCUCCAAAUAGGGGAGAAGUGUUGGUGAUGGAUUCAUUGGAGCCAAAGAAGGCACCAGAUUGCCAUCAUCUCAGCCUCACAACAUUGGGGUAUGCUAUGGAUACGUUAUUUAGUGCUUUGGAUCCAUCUUGGAGAGUAGGGCGCAUACAUACUUGGCCGACUGUGAGCUUGGACAUGAACAUCCAAAAUGACACACAUAGUUGUGGUGUCCAUAUGCUCAUUGCGAUUAAAGCUUGUGCGGAUCGUUUUGUGGAGAGAGUUGUUGUGGAUAAUAUGUCGAAGGAACGGGAGCGGCUGCUAUGUGAAGACGUUAUGUCAACGGAGAACGAAGCAAGAAGUAGUGUUAUUGAUCUAUUAAGUACAUUGUGAGUUGGUGUUUGAAAUUUAAUUGUAAAUGGCCAU